AGUUCACCCAUCAUUUGUGAGUAUCUGCUGUCCACAGCUCUCAUUCCUCCAGAAAAUGAGUUUGAGUCACUUGGAGAAUAUGCCUUUAAACGAGUCAAGUCCUCAAGGAGCAACAAGAUCAUCCUGGAAGCUAUAUUUCCUCUAUGCAACAAUAAUUUUCCAAUUGCUUUGCUUCUGCAUUAUAGCCUUAUUAUUUUUUCUCCCAUCCAAGGAAUUUCCCAUUGAGCUCCAGCCCAAAUUUCGACCUAGAGAAAGGGGUUGUAUGCUGGGAAUGGAGCUAAGACCAUUACACCCAAAUUGGCAAACAACAUCUUUUGAACCUCGUUGUAUGGAAUUGGAUGUGUCUGAGAAAUCUGAAUGGAAAGUGAAAUUAUUUCAGAGUGGCGUGUUUGUGAUUUAUAGCCACAUGGUACCCAAUUCAACCUACAAUGAAACAGCUCCUUUUGAAGUACAGCUACGUAAAAACAGUAUCACCAUACAAACUCUCACAGACAAGUCUAAAAUUCAAAAUGUGGGGGGAAUUUAUGAAUUACAUGCUGCAGAUAUAAUAACCUUGAGAGUCAACCAUAAAUAUCAGGUUCUAGAGAAUGAAACAUACUGGGGGAUCUUAUUGCUAGCACAACCUGGUUUCAUUCUCUAG